CACACAAUGGACGUCGACGAACUCGAUCCCUCUUCUCCCGAGGUCAUGUUGGCCUUCUACCGACGCCUAUAUCCCUUCAAGUCGAUUUUCAAAUGGCUUAACCACGAACACUCCCCAACGCGUCUCUUUACGAACCGCGAGAUCGCGUACACACUCCAAUCCGACGUGUAUUUGCGCUACAACUCGUUCACCACCGUCGAGGAAUUCAAGAAACAGACAUGCUCGCUGAAUCCGACGCGUUUUGAGAUCGGACCCGUGUAUACCGCUCGACCCCGAGAUAAGAAGACCAUACGACCGAGCGCGUUUCUUCCGCUCCAACGCGAGCUUGUGUUUGAUAUUGACAUGACGGACUACGACUCUAUUCGUACAUGCUGCUCCGGCGCAGGCAUCUGCAAACGCUGCUGGGGUUUUAUCGGCGCGGCCGUCCGUGUACUUGACCAUGCCAUCCGUGACGAAUUUGGAUACCAGCAUUUACUAUGGGUGUAUUCCGGUCGUCGUGGUAUACAUUUGUGGGUGUCGGACCGAGAAGCAAUGGAAUUGACAGACGAGCAGCGGAGAGCUAUCGUGGGCCAUUUGACGGUAAUACAGGGUGGACAAGAUAUGCAUAAGAAGGUGAAUGUGAGGGGUAAGAAGGGUGGAGAAAACAUCUUGCCGCCCUCUGUGAAAGCGGCGCUAGAAACGUUGGUCGACGUAUUUGGCGACCUAAUACUCGCAGACCAGGACUGCUUCAAAAAGGAUGAGGCUUGGGAAGAGCUCCUGGAGCUCAUCCCAGACAAGACAGUGGUUGCUGAAUUGCGGAGGAAGUGGGAUCGAGACGAAAAUCGGUCUUCGGAGGACAAGUGGGCCGAUCUCAAAGCGAAGGUCUCAGGCUACGACAGGAAAAGUCCAGAGCGGGCUGUCAUGAAAGCUGCGAUGGAAGACAUUGUCUUGCAGUACACAUAUCCACGCCUCGAUGCUGAGGUCUCCAAACAUCGGAAUCACUUGCUCAAAGCGCCGUUCUGCGUCCACCCAAAAACAGGUCGCAUAUGCGUACCAGUUGAUCCCGAACGCAUCGACGAUUUUGACCCUGGGCGCGUGCCCACCGUCGGGCAACUGUUGCGAGAGCUCGAUGCAACCUCAACAGAGUCGAACGGCGAAGAACAUUCCGAUUGGGAGAAGACAUCUCUGAAGCCUUAUGUUGAUAUGUUCGAAAAACACAUUAUCGGAUUAAUGGAGGAAGUGCGAAGAGAUAAACGGGAAACUGACACCUCAUGGUAGCUGUCAUCUUGAUCAUCAUUAGCCCUCCUAGGACGUCCCGCUGUUGAACCUGUAUCACCUACUUGUGCAUUUACUAACAUUCUCCGUGUCUGGCUGGAAUCUUAGCCGCUGUAUCUGUGGCUAUUGCACCC